AUGAAGAUUCUAUGGGAGAGCGAAGACUGGCCUGGUGCGCAAAUCGAGCCAUCUAUUACACACCUUUCAUGGAUUCCACAACCCGAAAAGCCAGGUCAUGGAUUGCUUGGUGUCGGUAGCGACUCUGGGUCCGUCGGCAUCACUCUCACAGACUUUUUGCCGACACCGGAUGACAACGCAAGAUACAAUUUCAACCUGCGCGGUCAUCACACAGGAAUCCGUAUGGUCACAUGGAACAAGACACAGUGUAAACUGGCUUCCUGCGAUGCGUCAGGUAUCAUCUACGUAUGGGUGCGAAACGAAGAUCGAUGGAGUGUUGAGCUAGUCAACGACCGCGGCGUAAAAGUCAACGAUCUUAGCUGGAGUCCAUGCGGAUCUUCAGCUCUUAUUUGCUAUGAAGACAACUUUGUGCUUAUCGGAUCGGCGUCAGGGCAACGAAUCUGGAGCAACUCCUUUCCGACCGGUGUCUCCACGACAGUUACCUGCGGCGUCUGGGCGCCGGACUCGAAGCAACUGGUGUUAGGCUUCGCCUCUGGAAACAUUCAAGUGCUGUCGAACCAAGGCGCCAACAUCACCGAGAAAAAGUUCACCGACGAUAGAGUCCAGAACAUGGCGUUUUCUUCUCUACGAAACGAAGAGUGGACGCUUGCCUUGCUGACAUCUGCGAACCGCGUCAUGAUGAUCAACGCGUACGACCAGAUCGAAGCUCAAACUUACAAAUCGCCAUACGCGAUCCUUCAAAUGCAGUGGAACUGUAACGGCACACUGUUGGGGCUUAUAAACUCAAACAACGAGCUGGUGAUGCUCAACGAAAGCGCCAAGGUUGUUCAUCGGGAAACGAUUACAAUCGCUCGUGGAAAGGCGUUGACAGCCUUCACAUGGGCACACAACGGCCAGGCGGUGAUUGUGGCUGCUGGCGGACGACUAACAAUUGGAAAGAUCCUGCCAGGUGUACCGUCUCUCUUCGACAUCGUCGCCUACGACUUGUGGAAGCUUGUCGGCCACAGUUCUCAGCGUGCAGACAAACUGCCGCUUCCUGCGAGAGAGAUGAGUGCCGUCAAGGCUCUUGAUCAUCACAUCAUCCGCGUCAGAUUUUUUUUUGUGAUAUGAAUUAUAAUUUUUUUCAUUUCAGUGUCGAAUUCCACGAACGUCAAAUCUGUGCUCGUUUGUGUGUAGUGUGAUUGACGCUAGAUGUUAUUGUACUAUUCGGCCAAUGUCGAAAGGAAGCAACUCGUACGUUCUUUGCAUUGAGCAUCUCGGCGGACUGGUUCCGGUUUUGAUAGGUUGGUUAUUUUCAUUAUUAUUAUUUUUUUUAAUUUUGGAGAAAUCCUAGUUUUUUUAUUUUUUGCAAGAAUAAGUAAAUUUGAAAACAAAAGAGUUCAAAAUUUAGUUUAGCACUUAUUCUAACCUCAUUUUCUUACUGAUAAAUAAGUUCGAAGAAGGGAACAUAAUUAUGGUAACUCAAAGUUUCGAUAAAUUUCUGUUUACAGGACGGCAAGUUAAUCGAUUCCUACCUCAAUUUCAAAUUUUCCUUCACCCCAGUUCACCUUUUCAACCUGCAAUUGGCUCAAACGCUCAAGUUGGUCAGUGAACGACUUUGGCGAUUUUCUUUAAAUAUAAUUUUCCAGAAGACGUGAACGCGUUAGUGAGAAAUUCUACUGGGCGGAAUUCCCUUUGGAGGAGAAGCAAACGUCAAAUACGCGCUUUGAUGUCUAGGUCUUUAAAUUUUGAAUUUCAAUGUUUUAUCCAUAUGAUAAAGUUGGUAUGAGGUAUGAUUUGUUCGCCCAGAUUUGAAACUUUCUUCCUUCUUUUUUUUUCUCUUUCUAGGCGAGGUCAAAGAAACAUGGGAAAAGUACAUAAAUAGGAAAGCGUCACCGAGAGAGAAAGAGGGCGCUGAGAAAACUCUGCUGUUUGAAGCUGUGGCUAACUAGCUGUGAAGGAAUUUAAAAUUUUAUUUUAGAUUUUCGUUUCAACAUCAAAAUUGAAAAAAAACGCACAAAUUUUUAGUAGAAACAGCUCGACUUUUUUUGAGUUUCCUAGCGAAGCAAAAUUGGACCAUUAUGGAUGUUGAAUCUUUUUAUCGCGUUCACUGAUCUUUUUUUCGUUUAGUUUCACCGAAAAAAUGCAAAUUUAUUUUCAGGCACGUGCGAUCGAACCGCAGCGAAAUGCGAUUAGUACAAGUUUCCUCGAAUGUUUGGUGUACGCGUUUCAACAUCUCAUCUCUUUCCCCAUCUUACCUUCCAUACUUUUUGGGACAGGUUCAUUCAAAAAAGAAAAGGAUCAGAAAAAAGGUGUAUUCAAGGUUGUGUACAAAACGUCAGUUCUGCACCUGCAACCGCGGCAAAUGACCAUCGACCUCGCGAUGUUGGGUUUGGACAAGAAUUCGGCCAACGACGGGACGACGGCCAAGGAACAGGGGACAGACGAAAACUCGCAGCAAGCCUCCAACACGGCCGACGAGGGACUAACUUCAGAGGAACGGCUCUUUUUCGAGAAGGUAGACAUCAUCAUCAACAGUUUUGGACAGUUUUGAAGGCACAGGGAGAUUAUGAUGAGUGUAGUGUCGCAAAACGUACUCAAGGACUGGUCGGAAAAUGUUGGUCCUAUCUGAUUUUUGCUUUUUCAAUUGGAAAAAUCCUGCCGUUGUUUUUAUUUAAUAAAACCUGUGAAAUUGCCUAUUUUUGAAUUCUUUUCAAGCUCUUUGAGAGAGGAAGAAAAAAGAAUGGAAAAUUUUGAGGUUCUCACUGAAUGCUUGUCUUUGCGGGCAGCCAUGGAUGCCACAUCGAUCAACCUCUCAGCUUCACAGGGCACUUCUCAAGUUUGUCGUUCUUUUUCUGAAUAUCUAAGAAAUAUUUGAAGAUUCUCAUUAAGUUCGAACAUUUUUUUCAAUAAUAUGUGAAGUAAAGGCUUUUUUCAGGUUUCCGCGGUUAAAGAAAUAUCGGCUCGAACCAAUCAAGCGCCAGAAAGAACUGUUACUAGCAGUUCUAGAACCGAGUCUCACAUUGAUGUGACGAGUAUGGCUAGCUCGGCAAGCACUUGGCACGAAGAAAUUGAGAAUCUCGAGUUCAUCGGUAAUAAUCUCUGAAUAAUGGUUUCUAAAAGUUAAAGUCCAAAGUUGAGUACAAGAUCGAGAUAUUUUCUUCGUAGAUUCAUUUAGAAAGAAAUAAAGAACUUUUUGGCUUGAAUUUCCAAGCUUUUCACUCUACUAAACUACGAACAAAAAAAAAAUAUUGGCAUAAUCCAAAUUCACUUUCCAGGCUGAUUUUUGCCAUUAAAGUAGUAUCAAUCGGUUUAUCUUGUCGAGAUACGUACAAAUAAACAACAAAUAAUGCCUCUCUAAUAAAAGAAAAUUUUUUUAAAAAGCAACACAAAAUCGUCUACCUUUUUUUGUAUCUUUACUCAAUCACUUUUUGAUAGAUUAGAAUUAGAUUCCGCAUUGUGGCUUUCGUAAACUUUUUCUUUUUAAAGAUAUUAGUUUUUGAACUGCGUGAACUUGUUCAGAAGGAAUGUGGCCGAGCGAAGCCAGCGUUUGAAUGUUCAAAUCCUUUUGUCGCUGUUUUUUCUUAACUAGUUUUUUUUUUUGAAAUAGUGAUGUAAAAAAGAAAUGUUAAGGGCCGUUCCAAACGUUUGACAGCCAUUUUGAUCGAAAAUCCCACUUUUUGUGAAUGAUAAUUUAGAAAAAACGCUGAAGCUUCGGAAGACUUCACAUCAUUGAGUAUUUUAAAUUGAAAAUCAAGCAGAAAAAAAAAAUAAGAGGAAGGCAUCGAAGCUUCAUCGAAAAUCCUUGCGUGUCUUGGUUGGAAAAAGCAACAGAUUGAAUCUUUUUUUCGAUAAAAGGUAUUCGAACAUCGGCAUAGGCUGCCACGCUAGCCACUGCAACAAACUUCUAGCUGCCAAACGAUGGCUGUCGGCUCGGAACACGGCAUUAGUGAACAAAACUUGCGCAAUUUUGCAAUUUCAAACGACAUACUGCGAGAGCUUAAUUUUUGUAAUUUGAAAAAAAAGAAGGGGUUUGAAAAGUUUUUCUCUCAGAUGGAGAUGACGACGGUCAUUUGAUCCCGGCAACCAGCAGCACAGUUCGAAAGAUCAGUUUCAACCCUCAGGCAGCGGGAUCAAUGUCGCCGAGUCGGAAAGAGACCGAAGAAAUAAAAGCGCACGUUGAUAAGCUUGCCAGCAUUGCCUCGCAACUUUCCAGAAAACACGCUGACUUCAACUCGGUUAGUUCUAUCAUUUUGAAUAUAGGAAUUUAAUUCCAAGGUUAGAAAAUGGAGUAUAGUUUUCUUUUUUCAGAAAAAAGACAGAGCAUCUAUUUCGAAGAUGAGAUCUCAAAUGAAGGAAUUGUUGAGAAGAGUCAACGAAAUCGAAAAAAAGGUAUUUUUUUCGAAGUUUUUUUCUUCCUAAUUCAUUUUUUUCUUUUUAAGGUUUGUACUGGUGAUGUCAAAGUCGAAGUACGCCAGCUUUUUGAAAAACUUUGGAAGAAAUGAAAAAAAGGUAUCUUUUACCGAGAAAUAACAAAAAUUCGGCUUUUUUUGAGUUUUUUUCUUAAAAAUAUUUCUGAGUAGAAAUGUUCCCAAAAGUCUUUCUGCGAACUAAAAAUAGCAAAAAAAGAAAUCAUAGUGACGGUUUUGGGACUUUACCAAAGAAAAAAAGUGAAAAACAUGAAAAAAACUAUAAUAACAUAUAGUUUCAAAUUUAAUUUUCUAAAGAAAAAUAAAAGAACACCAAAACCAUUCAAAUGCCAAUUUUCUUUUCACCUUAACCUCGCCAAAAAUCGUGGAAGCAUGGUUUAAAUUUGGUAAAGUUUCUCCUAACGUCCUGUCAAAAGGAUUUUUUUCAGACACUCGGAGAGGGAACUUUCAACUCGCCUCGUCUUUCGUCUCGAAUCAUCACAAUGCAUAAUAAAACGCCAUUCUGGAAUGAGCACAAUCAAGUUUAUCAGCUGGAUUUUGGCGGCCGGGUGACGCAAGAGUCGGCAAAAAAUUUCCAAGUUCGUACAGUUUGACCUGCGAUAAUUUUAAAUUUUUUUUUUUUGAUUUUUUGGCAGAUAAGUUAAAAUAAAUGCCAACAUUUUUUCUCAACAAUAGGAAAAGUUGACUUAAUGCUAGCCUUUUCUUUUCGUACUUCAGUCAAAUGAAAUGAUGAAAAAUCCGUGAAAUUAUUACUUACAGGGUGGCCCAAAAGUAUGGUCGCAAAAACAAACAGGUCAUUUCAAUAAGUAAAAAUAGUUUUGGACAGAAGUUACUUUUGUUGUAGCAUUCUAGUCCCUUCUUCUAUGUCUCCCGAAAAUUUCACCGAUAUCGGCUGAGGUACACACAAAUAGCAGCAAGUUUUGUCUGGCUGACACAGACGAAAAAAUAACAUUGCUGGCACGCAGCUCAAGAGUCGAUUGCGAAAAAAAAAUUUUUCUUUUCUCUCGUAGAAUUAAAUUUUAUAAUUUUUUUUUCUUCAUGUACCUCAUUGAUAAAAGGUGUAGAUUGCAAAAGAUGAGUAAUCAAAACUUUUGGGAAGCUGACUUAUGAGAAUUUUUCUAAGUUCGAUCAUGUCGUGUGGGUCUGCCGACGAUUUCUUGAUGGUAAUCGAGCCAGAAGUGUAACACAGAUAAAUAAAAGUGAUAAAUAUUUUUAGAAACCUCUUAUCAUUUCUCAUGCCAACUUUCACAUUACUGGGCUCAACCAAAGGAAAUCUAGAAGCAUAAACGUAAAAAAGCGUCAGGAAGGUCAUUUUUCGCCUGAGCCUGACUUUUUAGAAGAAAGGCAAAAUCUCAAAAGCUGUAAGCUCGUAGCCCUUCAUCUUUAUGUAUUUUAAAACUCAUAGUGUGGACCUUUGAUGCCCAAAUUGACCACUCCAGAAAAAAUUUUUGAGACCUUAAAAAAAAUUAAAGUUCUAACAUGACCCCUGCGUGCGGCAGCAGGUUUAGUCGACAUGGUUUAAAAUCGUUUUUUACGCAUAUGAACCAAAGUAGGAACGUUUUACUUUAAUUUAUCUAUCUAUAGUGCAUGUUAGUCUGACUCAAAAAGUUCCAGCAAAAUCCAUUGUGUCUGCACAAGUUUACGUUUAUUUUUUUAUAUGCGACAAUACUUUUGGGCCACCCUGUAUAUUUCAAUUAUUAUUUAUGUUGAUUACCUAGUUAUUCUAAUUAUUAUUCUGUUCUAACCAUCUGUUUUUGGGAAAUAAGAAAAACAUCUUCAGGUUGAAAUGGAUGGUAAACAAGUUUUACAAUUCGGAAGAAUCGAAGGAGGAGCCUACACUUUGGACUUUAGAAAGCCUUUUUCGGCUAGCCAAGCUUUUGCUGUCGCUCUCGCCAGCAUUACCCAAAGACUGAAGUGAGGUUUUUCAUCUCUGUAUUUUGUUCAUACUAGUCUCUUUGUUCACUUUUCUGGGUUUUCGUUAGAAAAAGCCGCGAAAAUGGGUAAAAACUUGGUACGGGGUACAUAAAUGUGGUUCUAGCUUGAUUCCUCCCCCGAACAAUCCACCAUUGUGAGUUUAUUCUGAUCGCAGCUGUUUCUGUACCCUCCGAUUUGUCUCUUAUAUGUACCUGAAAGCUUUGUAGAUUUUAUUGCACAUAUCUUCUUGAAUUUUUAAUAUUUUUCAUCUCCAAUAGUCAACUUCCGGCUAGCUUGACUGAACCUUUAUUCAACUAUUAAGGUUUAAUUUACAUCAGUGAGGUUUUUUGAGAAGAGUCAUUGCUUCAUUGAAGAACACACUGUUUUGGUAGUGCCUCUCUAAUAUCGAACGAAUUCAACUUAAACAACGAAAAAAUGAUCAGAAAUUCUAUAAUUUGACACAAUACUGAGCAAAAACGAGUCUGUGAUUUAUUUUUGUGUAUUUCUUUUUUCAAACUCUCUUUUUUUGUGAAGUUCUCCUAGAGUUAUGUUUAGUGAGAUGCAUUAUUUAUUAUAUACCUGCAAAAAAUUGUUUUUUCUUUCUGUGAUGAACUCCUUUCCUUCGUUCCAUUUCUCUUACAGUGCAGCUUCGAAUAUCAAAACACAGCUAAUCUUUGUUCAUAAAUGCUCCCAAACAGUUUUCCCAGUGCAAAAUAUUGUUGCAUAUUAUGUAAGUGGUCUGAUCUUCCGAUUUGAGAUUAUUAUUGGAAAUAAAAAAGUUUAUUCGUGCGUUUGAAACUUGAAAAGAAUCUUUGGCAUUCGAUGAAAAAAAUAUUUUUCCGGAAUCCGAGAUGUUUAGAAGGACACGUAUAGUCGAUUAUUCCCCACUUGAAAGGCGAGGUGGGUAAAAUGGCAAGGGCGAAGUACGCGACGCUGCUUUUGACACGAAACUUGAUGUCAAACGCUAUCUUGCAAAAAAUUUUGUGUGUUCUAACGAAGAGCCUGUUAGAUUAGUAGCUCUCAAACAAUGCUAACGCAAAUCGGCAGAGCCCCGGGCGUCUCUGAUCCAUUCUAGUGAUCACUUAAGUGCGCUGCGUUUGCUCAUCUUUAAAACCUUGAAAACUAUCUUGAACAAAAUUUAUGAGUUGCAAGGCUUCUUGUAAGUUAUUCCCUGAAGAAAUUCUUGAAUAUAUUCAAAUUAAAAGCUUUCGGUGUGGAGGGCGAGCAGGACCAGGUCGUACAGGCUUGCAUACUGCUUUACCGUUUGCACCAUCCGAGGUCGCAAUUGUCUCAAGCGGUUCGUCUCACUUUGAAAAAAGUUUCUUUGAUUAUUCAGGUCGGAUAGAAUGAACAAAUAUUAAAAAAUGUUUUUUAAUGAGUUCCGUGUAAAAUCUUCACUCGAAGUGGUCGCUCUCAUUCUGAGAAUUCCACCUAGAGCACGGUCUCCGGGCUCCAGCUACACCAUCCACUACAUUCUGAGCUCGUCAAGGCGCAACUGGAUGGACUACGCGCAGAAGGACGAUGCGAAGGACCGUAAGACCAUGCUUUCAACUCUUUCGACUACACGUUUGGACUUCUAG